CACUCUCACUUUGCAUCCUCCUGCCCUCCCCUGUGCUCCCACUCCCCCCUCGUCCUCACCGCCCCGGGACUCCUGCAGACACCGAGCGAGAGCCCACCGCCACCAUGGAGGCCAUCAAGAAGAAGAUGCAGAUGCUGAAAGUGGACAAGGAGAACGCCUUCGACCGGGCCGAGCAGGCGGACAGCGACAGGAAGACGGCGGAGGAUAAAUGCAAGCAGCUGGAGGAUGAACUCCUCGCUCUGCAGAAGAAGCUGAAGGGGACGGAAGACGAGCUGGACAAACACUCGGAGGCGCUGAAGGACGCUCAGGACAAGCUGGAACUGUCAGAGAAGAAGGCCACAGAAGCGGAGGGGGAGGUGGCCUCUCUGAACCGCCGCAUCCAGCUGGUGGAGGAGGAGCUGGACCGCGCUCAGGAGAGACUGACCACGGCCCUGCAGAAGCUGGAGGAGGCGGAGAAGGCUGCAGAUGAGAGCGAAAGUACUCUGAUAAAGAAGACAAGUACGAGGAGGAGAUUAAAGGUCUGAACGACAGGCUUAAGGAGGCGGAAACCAGAGCGGAGUUUGCAGAAAGAACGGUGGCUAAGCUGGAGAAGGCCAUAGACGACUUGGAAGACGGCCUAUCAAAAGCCAAGGAGGAGAACUUGGGGAUGCAACAAGUCCUGGACCAGACGCUGCAGGAACUCAACUGCUUGUGAAGCAUCAAAACAAUCGAUCAACAUAAAAACUGCUCUCUUUUGUAAAAGACUUUUCUCCACGUUCUUCUUGAUCACUUCUCCUUUACCUGUGCCUGUUAAACACCAAUAGCCCUUUUUUAUACGUAUUUGUUUCCUUUUGUUUCUCUUCUUUUGAUGGAAAUGGUUUUGGGUCCAUGCUGUUUCAGUUUCUGUGCUGGAAACUGUUGUAGACCAAACUGAGCACAAAUAAAGCUGCUGAUGAUGUCGGCCUUAA